UAGGAGGUGGCAUCACUGGCACGGAAGCCCAACUCUCCCGUCAGCUCCGUCGUCUGCGCCGCGCUCCUAGCUAAGCUAACCUCCUCUCCCCUUGUUUCGGAAAGUGGAACAAACCAUGGAUGCGGCGGUGGCGGCGGCGGCGGAGGCUCGGGAGCGGGUGCGGGCGAGCUUCGCGACGGGGAGGACGCGGGCGGCGGCGUGGAGGGAGGCGCAGCUGCGGGGCCUGCUGCGGAUGGCGGCGGAGAUGGAGGACGACGUCUGCGCCGCGCUCCGCGCCGACCUCGCCAAGCCCCAAACCGAAUCCUACGUCCACGAGAUAUCGCUGGUCACCACCUCCUGCAAGUUUGCUCUCAAGAAUCUCAAGAAAUGGAUGAAGCCCCAAAAGGUCCCCGGCGGGGUGCUGACGUUCCCGUCGGCGGCGAGGGUCACGGCGGAGCCCCUCGGCGUGGUGCUCGUCAUCUCCGCCUGGAACUACCCCUUCUUGCUGGCCAUCGACCCGGUGGUCGGUGCCAUCGCCGCCGGCAACGCGGUGGUGCUGAAGCCGUCGGAGGUGGCGCCGGCGACGUCGUCGCUGCUGGCCGAGCUCCUCCCGCGGUACGUGGACGCCUCCUGCGUCAGGGUCGUCCAGGGCGGCAUCCCGGAGACCACCGCGCUCCUCGAACUCACCUGGGACAAGAUCUUCUACACAGGUAACAGCAAAGUGGGACGCAUUGUCAUGUCCUACGCUGCCAAGCAUCUGACUCCCGUCGUCUUGGAACUCGGCGGCAAAUGCCCCGUCGUUGUCGAUUCCAACGUCAAUAUCCACGUUGCCGCCAAGAGGAUCGCCGCCGGCAAGUGGGGCUGCAACAGCGGCCAAGCCUGCAUCUCUCCGGAUUACAUCGUCACCACCAAAUCCCUUGCACCAAAGCUGCUGGAGUCCCUGAAGAAAGUGCUGCGCAAGUUCUACGGCGAGGACCCGCUGCGGUCGCCGGACCUGUCGCGCAUCGUCAACUCCAACCAUUUCAACAGGCUCAGGACGCUCAUGGACGACGGCACGGUCGCCGGCAAGAUCGCCUUCGGUGGCCAGAGCGACGAGCAGCAGCUGAGGAUCGCCCCUACACUGCUGCUGGAUGUCCCGCUUGAUUCUGCGAUCAUGAAGGAGGAGAUCUUCGGGCCUUUGCUUCCCAUAAUCACGGUUGACAAGAUCAGCGAGAGCUUCGCCGUGAUCAACUCCGUGAGCAAGCCACUGGCAGCUUACCUCUUCACCAACGACAGCCGGCUCAAACAGCAGUUCGAGAGGAACAUCUCGUCAGGAGGGAUGAUAUUCAACGACACCGCCAUCCACCUGACAAAUCCACACCUGCCAUUCGGAGGAGUUGGGGAGAGCGGCAUGGGCGCGUACCACGGCGCCUUCAGCUUCGACGCCUUCACCCACAGGAAGGCCGUCCUGGACCGCAGCAGCUUCCUCGGCGAGGCUAGGGCGAGGUACCCGCCAUACACGCCGGCGAAGCUCGGCAUCCUCAGGGGAGUGCUCAAGGGCAAUCCACUCGCCAUGGUUCUGGCGGCUGUUGGGUAUACAGGAGGAAGAAGAAGGGCAUGAGUUGAUUGAUGAUCCCUGCUUCAUACUGAUAAUAAUAAGCAGAUUCGACGCAUACGUAGUAGUGUGUCUCUUUUUUUUUUGGUUUUAGAAACGUAUAAAUUAAAGUAAUAGUACAUUUCUGUGCAAGUACGAAGGAUUUGCACAUGCAAGUAAAUUUGGAGAAAUGGUUUGGUGAAUUGUUGGAGGUUGAAAAGCUAGACCAGAAAUGUAUCGAAACAAUUUGGUAAUUUGUUCAAGGUUGAAAAGACCAAAAAUGUAUGAACACUUUUGCGUA